GCAUCGCUGUUGUGGCUCCUCCACCGUCGAGCGUCCGACGCGAAAGCUUUUCUUUCGCACACGGUUUUGUUAAAACAUGGCCGAAGAAACGCAGAGGAAAAUUGCUUCGACGACGGCCUAGUGAUGAUCGACAACCGUGACGGAGAAAGUGUCGGAAGGGCAGGUGUGUCCUCACCGGUAUUGUGUUGCAAAAACUUGCACGGCUAUGGCAAUGAAUGGUGAGUUCAGGAUAUGGGCCGCACCGCAGUUGGAUCACGCUUGCGGAAUCCUAAGCUCCCCUUCCCCACCCCCUCAAACUCUUUCCCCCGUUCACAGCAACAGAAUUCGCGUCGUUUCACGCGGUUUGAAGAGGUCCAGCAACCGAGCAGCCCUUUUCAUGCACCUCGGGGAAGAUGCUGUGCUGGAGUAGGACUGGAACGGAACGAAGGGUAGAGCCAUGGCACUUUCGACUGGCUCAUUUCCCUCAAAACGGGUGAAAAGAAAAUGAGGACAAAAUAAAAAUAAAAACAAAUUCGAGGUCGGCGUCAUAAAUUUUUAAAGUAGUUUGGAUACUUUUUGGGAGGUUUGAAGGAUGAGCUGUUGGAUUUGAAGCAAGAAGUCGAUAGACUGUGGCCAUUCGCGAACUCAUAUCUUCGAAGGUUUUGGGCUGCUGGUGAAAGUUGGAGUUGGGUUUUGUGGAGUUGGGUUAUUUUCGCAUCGUGUGUGAUUGUGGAUGUUGGAAUCUAUCAUGAACAAGGAGGGGCGUUACUUAUUAUGCUCGAAGAAAUACGGCAGGCCUUUGUUUGCGGGAGCAUGGUUGGCUCCCUUGACGACGAAGAAAAAGAAGGAGGAGGAGGAAAGGAAUGGAGAGGGGGAUGAGGAAGGGGAGGUGUUUCCGAAGGAAGCGCAGGAAGGAGUUGUGGUUUUAGCGGGAGGGGGUGGUAACCAACGCAACGGGGUGCCCAAUAGCUUAUUGCUUGCGGAGUAUGACUUCAAGUCCACUCUGUUGACGGAUGCGCUGGAUACGUACUCAACGGGCGAUGACACGCCGUUGCGUCUGGCUGCACACCCUGCUGGGGAGGGAGUGGUGUGCAGUUUUGAGAAGGACUGUCGGCUAUUUGAAGUACUUCGAGAGUCCAGCGGUGACUUGAAUGUGAGGGUAGCGGAGCGAGAGAUUCAGGUGUUGCAGGGAGUAGGGGAGCAGAAUUGUUUGGUGUUCAGCCCCGAUGGGAUUCGUCUGGCGGCUGGGGGAGAUGACGGCCACUUGCUUGUGAUUGAGUGGGGUUCUUUCAAGGUGCUGUUUGACAAGCCCGAAGCUCACAAGUCAAUUAAGGAUCUUGACUUCAGCUUGGACGGUGCAUUUGUGGCCUCGACUUCAGAUGACAGUGCUUGUCGAAUAUGGGACGUUGCAUCGGGCACUUGCGUGUCUUCACUUCCGUCCGUGGUAGGGGAAGGCAUGGGAUUCGUGAGAUUCUCUCGAGAUUGCAACAAGCCCUUACUGUAUGUGACUGUACGAAAACGAGGAAACGGGUUUGUAUCUGCAUUUGACACCUCCUCUUGGAAGCAAGUCGCUUCAAGGAAGCUGCAAGAAGACCCUAUUUCUGCUUUCUCGAUAACUCGAGACGGAAGGUUUCUCGCCAUUGGGAGCAGUGAGGGAGACAUCUCGAUUGUUGACACAUCUACUCUAUCAGUAUGUCAGAAGCUGAAACGUGCACACAUGAUCUUCGUCACUUCCAUGGAAUUUUCUCCCAGCGGCCGAGCAAUUUUAUCUGUCUCAGCAGAUUCUAGUGCACGCGUCACCCCGAUUGAACCUCGCAGAAGUGGCUCAUGGCAAGGAUCUCUUCUUUUGCUACUUAUUUUCAUCCUCUCUACGUUACUGGUCAUUGUGGGCGAAGAUGUGUUCAAAAAGUGGCACGAGGGUCGAUCUUCGGAGAGCUUCCUGUCCGGCUUUUUUGCCCGCUUGAGUUCUUUCUCUGAUUUGAACACAAGAGGUCAUGACGAUGCUCGACUGUCACCGUAGGAGUACUUUUUAAUCUGUUAACUUACGACAUUACAGGAGUAGGUGAUGAGUUUGUACUGUACUCUGGGUGAUUUAUUUUGUAAAUAAUUCUACACUCGUGAGGCUCAAUGUUAAUAAGUUCAUGCUUUUUUCGUGGUCCUGUUUUU